CAUGCAGGGUAGUUCGCGGCCGUACGGUAGAGGCCGCGCCCGCUUCCACGUUCCCCCUUAAAAUAUUCCGCAUUGCACACACCAUAGGUCAUCAAAAUUGAACCUAAAAUGCAAUCACUAAAAAAAUUCAAGUGACGCGUCCUUGACCAGUGUUUCGGGCAAAAGUGCGAGCGAUUUUGACACAUGUGGCAGAGGGGAAUACGAUUCAAUACCGCUUGGCACAAGCCUGGAUAGCUCAGUGAAAAACAGCCCUUUGUGCGCCGGAAUGACACGGCAUAUUGGCAUGUGACGCGGGCGCAGUGAGCGGCAUGCGUGGCGAGCGCUCGACGCGGGCGGCGGCCUCGCUCGCCGCGCUCGCGACGCUACUGCUCAGCUUAACGCAGCGUGGCUCCGCUGAAAUUACAUCUGAUCCACUAAGACGAGGCCUGUAUGGUGACCUGUGUUCCACCGUGGAAGACUGUCACUUCCCAGAGGCGGUGUGUGACGACGUGCAGAAGACAUGCCAGUGCCACCCUGACGUGCCAAUCAGCAAUUACAAGGACAAAUGUGGGAAACCUGCCAGCAUCAACGAGACAUGUAUGUUUAACGAGCAAUGUGAGGACGUGUACUUCAAGACAGAAUGCAGGAACGAACGAUGCGCGUGCAAGUUCGAAAUGGUACCCGAAGUGACGGUAGAUGGCGCUGUUAUAUGUACUUCGGUGAAGCCGGUGGAAGAGUCGACAAGGACUUUGGAUCCGGCUAUGAUCGGAGUCCUGGUCGGCAUGGCACUCAUGUUUGUCAUCAUUUGCGUCGUGCUGCGGCUGUUUAGCAGAGCGAGAUGGAGGGAAAACCGCACGAUCUUCAACACGCCCAACCCUCGGCUGAUGAACGUGUCCUUGCUGAGAGACUCCAAGCUUUUGCAUUCGCAGGACCGUCGUGGCUCCCGCGUCAGUGUUCGUCCUCCUUCGAGACAGGCGAGCCAGCAGGAACUUAGACCUCACUCGCCAAGUCCAGCACGCCCUCAUCAAAGUCAUCAGCUACACCGAAAACCCUCAGGGUCUCGUCGGGGUUCUAGGGCCAGCAGUGGUCACUCGGCGACAUCUCUGAGGUCGGCAACCCUAAGGUCCCCGACCACUCCUGGGCCAACAUCUGUUACCGUCGAAAUUCGCGCUCCAGAUGUGUAAAAAAAUGACGAUCAUUUAAAUUUUUAAAUGAUAUUUAAAAAGGAAUGAUGAUACAAAGAAUGAAGA